AUGGCGCGGAAUUCAACUUCCGACAAAGAACACCCGCUUUCGGGCGCGGUUAUCUGCUUCACCUCGGUCCCAUUCGAGCAAAAAACCCAGCUCGUCAGCUUCGCGAAAGAAAUGGGCGCAAUUGAGCGGCCUGACCUUACCUCGGAAGUGACACACCUACUUGUCGGCGCUACGGACUCUCCGAAGUACAAAUUUGUUGCGCGUGAGAGGAACGAUGUUGUUGUUCUUAAGCCAGAGUGGAUUGAGGCGGUGCGAGUAUCAUGGAUGGAGGGGGAGGACACUGACAUACACGCCCUUGAGAAGCAAUACAAGCUGCCAACUUUCAUCGGACUCACUCUUUGCAUUACUGGUUUUACAGAUAUGGGAUUUCGUACGAAAUUGCAUGAUGCUGCAGUGGAGAACGGCGCGGAGUUCCGCAAGGAUUUGACCAAGAGUGUGACGCACCUGAUCUCUCGGAACACAGAAGGCGAGAAGUACCGAUUUGCAACGCAAUGGAAUAUCAAAGUUGUGACCAUCAAUUGGUUUCAUGAUUGCCUGGAGCGUGGCUUAAUCCUUGACGAGGAAAAAUAUCAUCCAUCAAUCCCUCUGGAAGAACAGGGCGUGGGAGCAUGGAAUCGGCCCAGGGUGGAUGAGAAGAAAGAAUCAAGGAGAGCGAAAACCAUGGCUAGCGAGAACAAUGCAGAUCUUCGUCCACGGAAAAAGCUGCGGAGGUCUGCUAGCACCAAAUUGGUCGGUCAAAAUGAGAACAUCUGGGGGGAUAUCAUAGGCGCCGGUUUUAUGAACGAGACGGCUGUAUCAAAGGCCCCAAACGCGAUGCCGAACGAACCGGCCUCAAAACCUGUUCUCCAAGUAGCGAAAUCUUUUGCUAAGGAGUCUACGUUUGCAGAAACGCAGCCGCGCCCUCGCGACGAGGAAGCUCCUAAAGUACCGGAUGGCUUUCUUGGAGGGUCAUUCUUCUAUAUCCACGGAUUCUCCCCUAAACAGAUGGGUGUCCUAACUCGCCACCUGGAAUUUAAUGGAGCCCUUUGUACGGAUUCAUUAAGUGAGUUUGCCAGCCCUACUAUACCGAAGACAGGACAAGGACUGUACAUUAUGGUGCCUUACCAGACUCCGAGGUCGAAAAUUCCAUCAACAGAUGAACUGGCCUUUGAGUGUGAGGUUGUCACUGACAUGUGGUUGGAAAAAUGCCUUCAUGCACGAGCGUUGGUCCCUCCCGAAAAUCAUGUUGCGAGCACACCUUUCCCCAAGUUUCCCAUACCUGGCUUUGAAGACCUGCGAAUAUGCUCCACUGGCUUUGGGGGAAUCGACCUCCUGCACGUCUCUAAACUGGUCAACCUGAUGGGCGCCUCGUACGACGAAGUCCUCACGCCUAAAGCCUCUGUCCUAAUUUGUAACGACCCGCAAAAUGCUAAUCAAGACAAACUGCGGCACACCCGAGAAUGGGCAGUACCAGCUGUUUCGGCAGACUGGUUUUGGACAUCUAUUCAGACUGGCCAGAAGAAGCCAUUCGACCCGUAUCUCAUCCGGAAGCAAACAACACAGCCAGUCAGUGGUGUAGAAAAGCCAGGGGCCGGGUUUGACAUUGAAAAACCAGAGAUACCGCAGGAUGUACCAGCCCAGGAUAGGUUAACAAAAGCGCCUGAAGGGCACGGCGGAAAGCAGAAGGCUGAAAAACCUUUAUCUGUAAGGUCAAGCAGAGACCGAGUGAUGUCCAUAAUAGACAAUGGCUUUUCCCUAGAGGAUGAAGAUGACGCACCAAAACCAUCGGUGCCAGACUCUCGAUCUCCAUCCCCUGAAAACCCAAGCGAAGCCCCGGUUACAGAGGCGCCUGCCCCCAAGACAGCCGAGCCAGAUCGUCCCAAAGCAUCUGCUGAACCAUCAGCACUUGACACCGCGCUAAAAGGCUUUUUGCAACAAGCGCAAGCUGCCAAAUCGCGGCAGCAAUCAGAGAAUACAACUACCCAGCCGGAAGCCCCCCGAAGGAAGCGCAAGCCUCUUCUCGGGCGGGCACCCUCGCAUUCGUCUUCCAAAGUGCUCGAUACAGCUGGUGCACCGUCUCGCGCCAGUUCCAUCGACACUCUUAAUGACGAUGGGCUCGGCUCUGCCCUUGAAAGCGAAGGCUCCUUCUCGCGCACUAACAGUCGUGCCAAUGACCAGAGCAUCUCGUCCAUGUUCAGCGGAAAGAAAUUCGACUUUGAUUCAUUAGCAAAACUUCCCGGCCGCGUUGACGACGAAGAAGAUGAGGAAAACCACGAACCGCCUAUGACGCAGCUAGGCUACGAAGAUGCUGACGCUGCGGCUAUGAGAGCUGAAUUCCUCCGCAAUGCGGGAAAAUUAACUGACAAAACUCAGCGGCCUGAUUCAAGCUUGCUUCUGGGUGAAGUUCGUGAACUUGAAGAUGUAGGAUGGGCUUCUGGACGACGGACCAGACGGCAGCCUCCUAAGCCGGAUGAGAUGUAA